AUGUCUACCUUGCAACAAGCUCACGGCAAUACGGCCAGAUCGCGGCCGUUGAAGCCCAAGCUCACCAUAGACACUCGAGCUCCUCCUAAGCCGGGCAUCGACCAGAAUUCCACCCAGAGCGCACCAGUUGGCACCCGCCAAGAAAGAGGUAUUCCGCCCAUGCACCAGGCUGUUGAUAGACAUUGUGCGAAAGUUGCCGAGAUGAUGAAUUCGCCAACUUGGCGCAGUCGACGUCCCGGGCUUAGUUCUGUUGACGACGAUUCUCCUUACAAGCCAUUGAAUUCCCACGAUGCCUACGAUCCGAGUCCGAGUCCGAGUCCUCUGACAUACAUUUUGGAAAACGACAGAAAUUCCCACUCAUUGGAGGAGCACAAGAUUGGCAAUGGAAGCUCCGCUGACCUCGUGACACGACGGAAUCAAGGUCGUCGUCAUGCUGAUAGUGGCAUUUAUCUGAGUCAGGACGGGGAGGCUAUGAGCAUCGUCGGGAUCCAUCCCUUCUCAGAGAUACCAGAGAGCCCGAGCAAUACCUUCAUCAUUUCGGCCGCAGUGUCUUGUGGAUCUGCUCUCCCCGAGAACAUCGUAUUUGGCAACCUCCAGCCCGUCCUGACUCACAGGACGAGGUCGUCAAUCCGACUCAACACGGCAGAAGAUGAGCUUUCCUUCGAGCUGGACCCAGAGGAUCAAUUUCUGGGAAAUCACGAAUCGAGUUUUCAGAGCCCACCUCAAAUACACAGUCAGUCACCUACUCAUCCUCAAAGCGGGGAGUCACUCAAUGAGGAAGAUCUGUUCCAAGGCGAGGAAGUGAAUCAUGACAAGCAACGUGAUAUUCACCGGCUCAUGGCGCAAGAUGAGGCCAUCAAGAUCAUCAACUCCCAGCAUGCAUCGCCGCGCCUCCGUGGUCGGUCUGAUCCGGAGGAUAAACAACGCUUUCGGGAUUUGCUGGGCAGACUUCAAUGCGAGAUUGAGGCGUUGGACGAUGGUCGAACGAACCAGCCCACCCUGAACGAUCCGGCAAUCGUCUCUUUUGCACCCAAGACGAGCGACCAGCAUUAUUCUAGCAAGAAUCUUGUAGCUCAGUCUGAUGCUGCAGAGAGGAAAUCUCUGCAGACGAAAAAACAUCACGCUCCUUCUGAUUCUGGUUAUGCGUCUCCCACGGUACAUUCGAGACCAAGCACUCGCGCCCAGUCGAGGAGCAGACAUGGCACAUCGGAUGAUGUUGGACCUGAACCCAUUACUAUUCAACAUGAAAAGUUCGACUCCAAAGAUUCUAGCCUGGAUAGGUCCUCGAAAUCCUCAGCGCUUAAUCCUGCAGCAAAAGAAUUCUCAUCGACAAAUUCCCACAGUGUUCCCUCGAGGAAGCGAGACGGGAUCGCGCCUCCUCCUGUUCCCGAUCAUGCCUUCUUUACACCCCCACAGGCCCAAGCACAUUUUGGCGCAAACAUUCAAGCUCCAGGCGUUGGAUUUACUACCCUACCCAGUCUCAGUAGCCCUCUCGCAAACUUGGGUUUUACACAGCCAGGGCUGCUACAGCUGUCUCCGGCCAUGCUUCCUCAAGCCAAUCCUUUUUCUCACGCUGCCCUGCCGCCUCCACCUGGUUUCGGCCUAUCUGCAAACAUCCCUCCGGCAAUUCCACGUCCUGGAAUCAUGCCUGGUCUGCCAGUUCUUUCACCCCCCUCCGUGACGGGUCUACCAGGGCUGGCGAAUUCACCAGGACUUGUGCCGGCAUCUGGACCAAUUUGCUCAGAGUUCGCGGGCGCCUUUCAUCAGCAGCUGCCUUCUUUUCCCUCAUGCAACAACCCAGCACACCAGAGCGUUCCAGCAUUCAGCGCCACUCAAGGCUUUCAAGCGCCCACGACGCCGCAGCUCGCGCCUCCUGCGCCCCCGCCUUCCGUCUUCAGUCCUGGCCAUGGCGUUUCCGUGACGCCUCCGAUGGCACCAGUAGCUCCCGUUGUCAACCCCCUUUUUAGGAAGAAUGUGCCGAAGCCGAAGGUACCUAACACUACUGGUCAGCAGUACUGGGAGUACUGGCACGAGCUACGACGAACAUUUGAGCCCGGAUACGCUCAAAAGUCAAAGCAAAACCAGCAGAAGCGGUACAUGAAGCAGCAGGUUCACAAGAGCGGUGGCUCGGCGGACCAGUCUUAG